AUGCCCGCAGAGUUCUCACUCAGUGGUCUGCUGGAAGCCCGAGCGAUCGCCAUCCCAGACCGCGCUUGGACGCUUAGCAAGACAACGCCAAAUAGGACAGAUCAGUCGCCGAAGAAGCCACUCGCGAGGCCAAAGAGGCCGGUCACUUCGCUGCAAGUGACCGCAGAGCAUCAGUGGGGACAAGGGCAGGGCAGCCUCGAGAACGCCCUCUCCCCGCUUCCGUACAGUGCAUGUAGACUGGACGAGAUAACCACAACCCAAUUCGAUGGCCCCAUCAGUCGCCCCCCAUCGAGGCUUACAACCAGAGCCGUGGACGCGCAGAAUGGAAACAACCAUCCCGCUUUGCUCUGCUUACUUUCGUGUAUUGGCACGCAAGGCAAAGACGAUGAGGAAAGGAGGCCACCUGCCAUCUCUGCUGCUACGACGCAUCGUCUACUUGCGAAUCUGGUGGUGAGACUCUGCGCAAACGACGGAAGCAAUUGCCAGAGUAUUGCCAGAGUCGACAUUAAUGACAGAGGAUACCGUAAUGGACCUGAAGCCCACGCUACGCGUUCACAUCUACGCAAUAACCCAUUAACCAACGGCGCUGCGUAUCCAAAUUUACGAAACUACAGCCUAGACCUCUGGUUGAGCCUCCCACAUGUUGGUCUUUGGUCGAACCAUCGUGCGAUAAUUGGUGUCAGGCAAUUAUUCCCUUCAGCGGUUCCUUUGACUCGUGUCCCUCCAAAUCCCCCUCGUGCCCAAUCAGACCCCGCUUCCUCGCUACCCGCAGGGACAGGUCCAUUUCUUUAA